GCGACUCGUAGGCUUACUACGCCGACUUUACACGACGGCUCACGCGUCCCCUUCAGUCGUAACGCAGCGCUCGUGGCGUGUGGAACGUCGUUAGCACUCGGUUGACGAGUGACUUCAACGCUGGACAAGGCGUAUCGUUCCUCGCUCCGAAAACAAUCGCGCGACAAUCCUCUUCGUUUUUUUCCACUAAGUUCAAAAGUUCAAAUCGUCGAAAGACUGAGAAUACAAAUAGUAGAAUACAGUAGUAGUUCGUGCGAGUCGGCUUGUGUAUCGUCGCGAAAAUUACACGGAGUCAAUUGAGAAGAGGCAUCACUCGAGGAUUCGUCCAGUGGCUUCGAAUCUUUCGGGAGAUCGAUCUCCGCGAACCCGAAGACUUAACGGUGACUGUCCGAAUGAUGUGCUACUGAUCCGUUGAACGAUAUUCGGAGAGUAAUUUGUUAACGAUAGUGUCCGUAACGGUGCAAUUAUCAUUGGAUUUCACACUCAAUGCCACUUGUUCGCCAAGUGUAAACAUGAUUCCCGCGCAUUGACGUAUGCACCGGUUUGCGAGUGCAGCCUGCACUCUGCUGUGAAUUGGUAAAAAAAAGUGAGUGAGAGGCAAAGAGGGAUGCUGAAGCACGUGUCAGUCUCGCCGUGGAGAGGGCGAGCGGACAGCGUGAGCCUGGCAUCGAGCGGAGGUGCGAGUAGCUGCGGAAGCGGAAGUCCUAGCCCUGGUCACACACCACCGCCCUCGAGGGCAUCCUCGUGCGCCUCGCUCGCACCCCUGACCGCCCUUUCCAGCUUUUCUCCAGCCGACGCAACGUCACAGCAGACAACCAUAAAGGUGUACGCCAACUGUCUUCGACCAGACAUCGAAUACAAAACCCUGUGCAUCACGUAUGAAACGACUUGUCGUGAGAUCAUUCAGAACUUAUUGAACAAGUAUCGUAUGAGGCACCGUGAUCCCCGGCUGUACUACCUCACCAUGGAGGUCACCGUGAGAAGACCGAACGUGAGGACAGUUCUCCCUCUGGACGAGGACGCAAGGCCUGCCGUUUUGCAAUCGUGUCAUCCUCGUGGCGAUUCCAGAUUCUCGUUGCAGACACGCCGCGGAGGACUUGUCAAAAUAUACGACAGCACGCUCAUGUCCGGAUCAAAGUACAAGAGUCUACUAGUCUCGGAGCAGACCACCGUGGACGAGCUGAUCCAAAUGUUGUUGAGCUGCUACAGUUCCAAAGAACGCGUCGAGCAAUUCUCUCUGUAUGAAGUGUGCGAGGGCGAGGAGUAUCAAAGGAAGUUGCAUCCUGACGAUUUGCCCCUUAAGGUCACGCAACGAUGGACAAGCGCCGAUCGCCAUCUUCGUAUACGACGCAAUCCUGACUACAAUCCUCACAGAAGAAAAAGCAUGUGGGCGUCAGACUCGAGCAUCAGCAUGGCGAUGUCAAGACUGAACCUCCACGGCACCCAUCAGGCCCAUUACAACCCAGGAAACGACAACAACAAUCACUUGUCGUUGUACCAGCACAAAGAUACCAGCUCGAUCAACAACAACAACAUCCACAAGAUCGAUCAGCAUCACCUUUCCCUGGGCUCUCUGAAUCAGCAGCCAAGAAUCGUGGUGCCCCAUGCGACACAGUUGCCGCAGUUGCAAAUCCCUCGUCUGCAACAGCUGCCUCAGAGCGUCCCGUCGACGCCAAUCUCGUCGAAACACAUCACAGCGUCCUCCUACGCGGACUACGAAAAUUAUUUGUUCAUAUAAACGAAUCGUCGUGUAAUGAAUUUGUACUUUGUUUGAAGAUGAAUCCGUGAGUGUUGUGCAGCAUGGGAGUGAGAGAUCGAGUUGCAGCUUCGUGUGAAGUAUGCUGAUGAUGAUUGGUUGCAACGUGUCGUGUCGAUUGCGUCGGAGCAGUAUUUGAAGUUUGGUUGAAGAGCGAAGAGAGAGUUGAUGAAUUUGACGAGAUAUUUUUCAGGUACGACUUAGUUUUCUUUGGAAAUUAAUUGAUCUGCGGGGAAAUUUUUUUUUUUGGGGGGGGGGGGAGGGAAAAUUCACUUUGAAAGAUGAAUACGCGUGCGAGAUGAUUCUUUUAAAUUUUAAAUAAUUUAUGAAUGAUAGUUAGAGAGAGUGGUGAAGAAUUGGAAGUAAGUAGAUGGUAGAAAAGCACGGGUUCGUGUCUCGGCUAUACCACGUCGAUCAGACGAAACAAAGAGAAUUUACGAUUAUAGUCAACGGCAAGAACAAUUGUACCAAAGGUAGACGUACGAAAUGUUAGGUAAAUAAUACAUUUAGCCGUAUAUUGUGUAAAUGUCUUGCGUUAGAGAGGUAUUAUUAUAAGGAACAUAGUCGGACACAACGUGUAAGCCUCUGGGACUUACCUGAACGUAGUCGCUAAAAUAUUUAAUUAAGCUUUUGAGAAUCUUGCGCGUGGAGGAAAAGAUAUUGGCGAUGAGGAUUUUUAUACAAUUUUUCUAGAAAUGGUACAAAAUAGUCCCGCGGGUCUCACAUGUGUAUUUAUAUUACAAAAAGCAUUUUAUCCAAGAAUAUCGCGGAAUGUAACUCUAUUAUUUAUUUAUAACAAUCGCGUAGCAUCUAAGAGAGCAAACUUGGAAUUUUAAGUUAUUUUAGCAGAAUCCCAUGCUGUAAAUUUCGUCGUGUAACACGAUCGAAUGGGAUUCAGGUAUAUUCGUGUAAAUACCUAUAUCCAAUAAACGACGAGGUACUCGGAUGAUUUUGGUAAUUGCCUCUAAAGUAGCCAGUCGUGACUGUAAAAAUGUUUUAUUCGUCGUCCAGUUUCAUUUUCAUGGAAGAGGCAUACUAAUAUCAUGGAAAAUAUCACAUUUUCCGUUUAUAAGACAAAUCUGUCUUUUCUGCUCCAUUCAUCGUGUUUCGUUAUAAUUUUGCAUCGAUUGCCAAAGAGUCCUCCACAACGUGAAUCUGAAAACUGCCUGGAUUUAAUCGUGUGUGACAAAACGAGCAGAAACUAUCUGUUUUUUUUUUUUUUUUUUCACCACUUGUACGUGCUGCAAUCGAGAUUGCGCAAACUAGUCGCGAGUUCCGCGCGACUUAUCAGCUUAACUUGUAACGAGUACAAUGAACCAUGUGUUAUUCCGAACGAUACGGUAGGGUGUAAAUAUUCAUUUUGUAACAUUGGAUAAAAAAAAAAAAAGUAUUGUCUUA